AUGUGUCUCGGUGACAAAUGGAAGCAUCCUACUUUCUUCAGCACCAUCCCCAACGAUCACCAUCAAGUGGCCACACUGGCACGGAUGGUCAAGCACUUCGGAUGGAUGUGGAUCGGGGCUGUGCGCAGUGAUUCAGACUACGGGAACAAUGGUAUGGCAUCAUUCCUAAAAGCUGCUGAGGAGGAGGGAAUCUGUGUGGAAUAUUCUGAGGCCUACAGGACCCAGCUGCACAGCAAACUGAAAAGAGUCGCGGAUGUCAUUCGCAAGUCAACGGCACGUGUAGUAGUUGCCUUCAUGGCUGAAGCUGAUAUGAGAAUCCUUUUAGAAGAGCUGAGCCAGCAGCCUAUGAAAUAUAAUGAAAUAUUCCAUCACCUACUGCAUAUCUAUACGACCCAAUCCAUCAUGCAGGUUUUUGAUCAACUCAAGCAAGUGAACUUCACUAAAAAUAAUUAUUCUGUUUCAUUUGAUGCCAAUGGAGACCCUGUGGCUACCUAUGAAUUUGUGAAUUGGCAGCUUCAGGGAGAUGGUUCAAUUGAUUUUGUGACAGUGGGUCAGUAUGAUGCAUCCCAGCCUAAAGGCCAAGAAUUCAGUCUGAGCAGAGCUAUCAUUUGGUAUGAUGGCAGUAAAAAGGUGCCUGUGUCUGUGUGCAGUGAGAGCUGUCCUCCUGGUACAAGAAAGUCUGCGCAGAAAGGAAGACCCCUCUGCUGUUAUGACUGCAUUGACUGUGGAGAAGGAGAAAUCAGUAACGAGACAGAUUCUUUAGAUUGUCAUGAAUGCCUACCUGAGUAUUGGCCCAAUAAUGAGAAGGACAAGUGUCUUCCUAAACCAGUGGAUUUUCUCUCCUGGGAUGAGAUCCUUGGGAUUAUACUGGCUUCUUUUUCUAUUGCUGGCUCUUUAGUGGCUUUAAGCAUAACUUUAGUGUUUUACAAAAACAGGGCCUCUCCGAUAGUAAGAGCCAACAACUCAGAGCUAAGCUUCCUGUUGCUUUUCUCAUUGUCUUUGUGUUUCCUCUGUUCACUUACUUUCAUUGGUCGACCCACUGAGUGGUCCUGUAUGUUGCGUCACACAGCAUUUGGGAUCACUUUUGUCCUCUGUAUCUCCUGUGUUCUGGGGAAAACAAUAGUUGUAUUAAUGGCUUUCAAAGCUACACUUCCAGGAAGUAAUGUCAUGAAAUGGUUUGGGCCUCAUCAACAGAGACUCAGUGUUUUGGGUUUCACUCUUAUACAGGUACUUAUAUGUGUGCUUUGGUUAACCAUAUCCCCACCAUUUCCUUACAAGAAUAUGCAACACUACAAAGAAAAGAUCAUUCUGGAAUGCAGUUUAGGAUCAGCAGUUGGCUUCUGGGCUGUACUGGGUUAUAUUGGCCUCCUAGCUUUGCUUUGCUUUGUUUUAGCUUUUCUAGCCCGAAACCUGCCUGAUAACUUUAAUGAGGCUAAAUUUAUCACAUUCAGUAUGUUUAUAUUCUGUGCUGUAUGGAUCACCUUUAUCCCAGCUUAUGUCAGCUCCCCAGGUAAAUUUAUUGUAGCUGUGGAGAUUUUUGCUAUUUUAGCAUCAAGUGUUGGUCUGAUUCUCUGCAUUUUUGCUCCUAAGUGUUUCAUUAUUGUCUUUAGGCCAGAGCAGAAUACUAAAAAACACUUAAUGGGCAAAGUACAAUAAGCCAUCUAAGACAAACACAACUCUCAUUUUCAUUAAAUGUUUUCACAUGUUUGCCAUAUGUAAAAGUUUAGAACUGAAAAUGUAUCAAAAUUAAACAAAAACGAAAAAAAAAAAAAAAAAAAAAAAAAAAAAACUGAUAUUGUUUAAUAAUUAGGUUACACAUGGUAAUGUAUGAAGCAUGUUUCUGACUAGAAAGGAUACAUUUUGAAAUAAAAACAUUUCA